UUCAGCCGGUGAGAGGUUAAUGUCUUCUUCCCAGCGUGCCGGGGGUGGAAGGUGCAAAAUGGCUGCGCCUGCGAGCUCGUGGGGCGAGUAAUGGGUCUGUUUGGGAAUGAUCCCCUGCGAUCCCGAGAGAACCAGAAAAGCAUCGCUUGACAGGAUCGGGAAUUGCUGCUUGUGGGGAAGACAUGGAUGCUCCUGCAGACACAUGGGACAAUCUCCAUGCUCACUUAACUUUCCUGUGGCUAAACCGAUUUUACCUCUAUUCAUGUGCAGCUUUUGGAAUCAGCCUUUGGAUUUGCUUCCAGUUCCUCAACAAAGCCAAAGAGCAGAACAAAAAUCGCCUUGCAAAAUUAAGCUUUCCUAAAACUACAGCUGCUGAAAAAGAACAGCAAGAUACAAGCCUUGACAGAGUCCAUGUGGCUGGAGUGAAGGUGUUCUAUGGUUCCCAAACUGGAACAGCAAAGCGGUUUGCACUGAUACUUACUGAAGCUGUUGCAUCCAUUAAUUUACGAUCAGAAACUAUUGACAUGCAAGAUUAUGAUCCAGAUGACUCUCUCAUAGACGAGAUAAGCAGCCAGAAUAUUUGCGUGUUCUUGGUUGCCACUUACACUGAUGGCAAACCAACGGAGAAUGCCGCAUGGUUCUGCAAGUGGUUGGAAGAGGCAGCCAAUGACUUCAGAGUUGGCAAAGCAUAUCUGAAGGGCCUGCGAUACGCUGUCUUUGGUUUGGGAAAUUCAUUGUAUGCUGACCACUUCAACGCUGUGAGCCGGAACGUUGACAAGUGGCUGUGGAUGCUGGGUGCUCGACGCAUUCUGUCGUGUGCCCGAGGGGACAGCAAUGUGGUGAAGAGCCAUAAUGGAAGCAUUGAGGCUGAUUUUGAGGCUUGGAAGGCCAAGUUGCUCACAAGGCUUCAAGCUCUUGGCAUGGGGGACCAGAAGGCCUGUAGUGGGAGAUGCAAGAAAGGGCGAUGUAGAUCCAAACCAAAAGUGAGCCAAGAAGCAAAAGGGCAAGAGACCUCAAAGCAGGAGGAGAAAGAAGAGGAGGAUUUUUUUGAAACCACAAGUGAGGAGGAAUCAGAUACAGAGAAUGGCAGAGGUGCAGAUCAGGUUGUGGAUGUUGAAGAUCUGGGCAAGGUGAUGGGCCAAAUGAAGAAAUCUCAGAGAGAGCAUCAGCCUGAUGGAGAGGUUCCCAGUGGGGCUGGAACCCAACGUGGCAGAGGGGAGGAUGAGAGGAGAGAGAUGAUCACCCCAGCCCUUCGAGAUGCACUCACGAAGCAAGGUUAUAGAUUAAUUGGGAGCCAUUCUGGAGUGAAACUUUGCCGUUGGACAAAGUCGAUGCUUCGUGGAAGAGGAGGCUGUUACAAGCACACCUUUUAUGGUAUUGAAAGCCACCGCUGUAUGGAGACCACACCCAGCUUGGCUUGUGCUAAUAAAUGUGUCUUCUGUUGGAGACACCACACAAAUCCUGUUGGCACAGAGUGGCGAUGGAAGAUGGAUCAGCCAGAGAUGAUCUUGCAGGAGGCCAUUGAGAACCAUCAGAACUUGAUCAAGCAAUUUAAAGGGGUCCCUGGAGUAAGAGAGGAUCGCUUCAAAGAAGGGAUGGAGGCCAAGCAUUGUGCACUGUCCCUUGUUGGGGAGCCAAUCAUGUACCCCCAAAUCAACCAGUUCCUAAAGCUGCUGCAUCGUCACAACAUUUCAAGCUUUUUGGUUACAAAUGCGCAGUUUCCAGAGGAAAUUAGGAAUCUCCAGCCUGUCACGCAGCUGUAUGUCAGUGUGGAUGCCAGCACCAAAGAUAGUCUGAAGAAGAUCGACCGACCCCUCUUUAAAGACUUUUGGCAGCGGUUCCUAGAUAGCUUGCAAGCCUUAGCUGAAAAGCGACAGCGCACUGUAUACAGAUUAACACUGGUGAAAGCUUGGAACGUGGAUGAGCUGAAAGCUUAUUCAGACUUGGUGUCUCUAGGCAAGCCAGAUUUCAUAGAAGUUAAGGGUGUGACGUACUGUGGGGAAAGUUCAGCCAGCAGCCUCACGAUGGCCAACGUCCCUUGGCAUGAAGAGGUGAAGCGUUUUGUGCAGGAGCUGGUGGACCUCCUCCCAGACUAUGAAAUCGCCAGCGAACACGAGCACUCCAACUGCCUCCUGAUUGCCCACAAGAAGUUCAAGAUCGAGGGGAAAUGGCACACCUGGAUUGACUAUGAUCGCUUUCAAGAAUUGGUCCAUGAAUAUGAACAGAGUGGAGGACUCAAAACAUUCACUUCUGCUGAUUAUGUAGCACUGACUCCUCCUUGGGCAGUGUUUGGAGCUGAGGAAAGAGGCUUUGACCCAAUGGACACAAGAUUUCAGCGAAAAAACAAAAUAAAGGACAUCUCUGGAUGCUGACAGUUUUAAAGUUGGACUGUUUUUAAAGCCAGAGCUUAGACAGAAUCAGAAUUUUCGGUCUGUACAUGAACAUCAGAGACUUUACAUAAAACUUGAGACUUUCAUUUGUCCCUGGGUUCUCCAAAGUGUUUUUUCUUUUAUUCUACCGAAAAAAAAAGGUAAUAAUAUGGUUUCUGAAAAGUCAGGUAGAGGCCGUUAAUUUAUCAUUCUCAUCUCUCAGAGAGUGAGAGAUAAUUCCACUUUCCACCCAUAGGUGUCCUUCUUACUGUUCCACUUCUCAUUCUCUCAUUCUAAUCCAGGAGUGGGCAGCCUGUGCCCUCCCAGCUCCACACUUUGUAGCCUAUUUUUAGCAGGUGGGGGAGCUAACCCCGCCCCCUAAAAAUAGCCAAAAUGUUUUCCUCAGCUUUCACGUGGCAUGAUCAGCUGUGCCCCCUGCAGCCCUUCAGGGCCCACCCAAAUAAAAAAAAAUGCAUCCUGUUUUCCUAACUGAAGGUUUCCUUGAGAUCAGCGAUAUAUCUGGGAUGGCCUAAGUCAUGUCUGUGAGUUCCAGAAAUAAAACAAUUUUUAUUUUCUUCAGUGAAAAAAUGGGGGGUUCCCUGUUUCUCUGAAUAUCUGUGACAACAAUCCUUAUGUGCUGCACGCCUGGUGAGAAGUAACAUCUGGAAAUGUUUAAAAAGAUUUGCAGCGACUGCGGCCCAGUGAUGUGGGCAAGCCCAUAUUAAAUUGAAAUGCAGCUUCUCAUUGUGCCAGAGAUUUAGCUACAGUAAAUUAAAAACAAAAAGCUUCCCA